AUGCAAGUACAUCACAAAUCCAAGUACCACCACUACUCUCAUCAGCUGGAAGGAGAGCGUGAUGAAGAAGAAUGGGGAGGCGUACCACCCCAUCCUGAAGUUCUGAAUGAAGAUCUAAUCAAGCAUGUGGAGAGAAAUCCUUUCCCUGGACAACAAAUGAAUAUCCCACCAGGCUUCCCCCACCAACCGCCCCAGCCUGCACCUUCACAAGAGAAUGAGCUCAAGGCAAUGCAAAAGCAACUACUUCAAGGGCAAGCUGAUGGGGUAGUGGACACAAGCAAGAAGCUAGCUGAAAUAAACUCUAAGAUCGAGAACCUCAACACAAGGGUUUACUCUCUGGAGAAUCAUGCUUCUUCUGUUGCUGCUGCUACAAAGCAAGGACAACUACCUGGUAAAGCUAUUCAGAACCCCAAGGAACAGUGCAAGGUCAUCUUCACUCAAGAAGGACUUGUUGAAGAAGAGGAUCAAGAAAGGGUCAUUGAAGAUUUUUGUUUACUGCUGAAUGAUGAAGAGAUUGUUGCUGCUGAGGCCCCUGGAGUCCAGAUUGAUCAACCAGAAGUGCAUGCGCCUGCUGUGGCCAUUCACACUUCACCAACUCUAGCUUCAUUUCAUGCGCCUGCAUUUCAUGCGCCUGCAUGCGCCUGCAUUUCAUUUCUGCUUCAGUUAGGUUGUUAG